AUGUCUCUCGUAUCUGGUCCUGGCCGUGCCUCCACUACCACUUCCUCCCUCCCCACCGAACUCCAACUUUCCAUCGCCGCGCACGUCAAAUACAUCCAGUCUCUCGACACCCGCAAAGACGAGCUCGAGUACCACCUUACCGAACACCUCCGCCUAAACGGACUCUACUGGGGCCUAACAGCCCUCCACCUCAUGAACCGCGCAGAUGCCUUACCUCGAAAAGAAACAAUCGACUUCGUGCUAAGCUGUCAAGCGGAAGAUGGGGGGUUUGGCGCAGCGCCGGGCCACGACGCGCAUAUUCUGUAUACGUGCAGUGCGGUGCAGGUUUUGGCUAUGGUCGAUGGGUGGCAGGAGUUGGAAGAGAGGGGAGUGAAAGUUAGGGGCGUGGGAGGGAAGAAGGCUGUAGGGGCAUGGAUUGCGGGCUUGCAGAAUAGGAAAACGGGGACUUUUGCUGGCGAUGAAUGGGGCGAGGAGGAUACGCGAUUUAUUUGCUCCUCGCUGAUCGGACUUUCGCUGCUGAAGCUUUUGCAGCUGGCUGAUGUCCCGCUGGCUGUUGCGUAUAUCACCUCCUGUGCAAACUUCGAUGGCGGGUAUGGGGUUAGUCCGGGGGCAGAGAGUCAUUCUGGGCAGAUCUAUGCUUGUUUGGCGGCGCUGAGUAUUGCGGGCAGAAUCGACGUCGUUGAUCGGGAAAAACUUGGUAGGUGGUUGAGUGAGAGGCAGGUUGAGCAGGGGGGGCUGAAUGGGCGGGCAGAGAAGCUGGAGGAUGUGUGUUAUAGUUGGUGGGUGGGAAGUAGUCUGGCUAUGAUUGGGAAGCUGAGCUGGGUGGACGGGGAGGCGUUGAAAGGUUUUAUCUUAAGGUGCCAGGACCCUGACAUGGGUGGCAUUGCGGAUAGACCUGGAGACGUCGUUGAUGUCUUCCAUACGGUGUUUGGUAUUGCUGGGUUGAGCUUGCUCGGGUACCAGGGCUUGGAGGAGGUUGAUCCUGUUUACUGUAUGCCGAAAAAGGUCAUUGCACGGGAGCUUGGUCAUGGAAGUGACGGCGAGCCGUACAAAAAUUAUAACUUGAUUAGAGAUAUGCUAAGCCAGACUCGAGCAUCUACCUACGGUAUUAUGUCUCUGCGACCUCGAAACGGAGAUACAAGGCAGGAGAAGAAGAACUUCAUGGUUAAUGAGAGCGCCUACAUGCAGCACUCCAUAAUGUUCUCGCUCCUAGUCUUAUGGACGAUGUAUUUACUCACCGACAAUAAUUUCAUUGAAGUCUUCUUGUUUCAAUUGCUCUCCUCCUUCGUCACAGCUGUAGUUGUGGUCUUCCUCUCGAAGCUACUUACCCCCAUCAUUGGGAGGCAACACAGCACAAAGCCCAAUACCGCUAGAGGAUGUAGCAGUAUCGAGAGGUUGAAGUACGAGUCGGAGUGUGGUGAUCGCACCGCCAACAUGCCGAAAGCAAGAGUUGGCAGCAGCUUCGCUUUGGAGUGCAGAAUCUGCCCCAAUGACCCUGUCUUCUCCGACGUCUCUCACCUCCUCACCCACGUUUCCUCCAAGUCCCACCUCUCACACAUCUUCAAGCUCACAAUUCGAUCUUCCAAGGAGCCUGAUUGCAAGAAGAAACUCGAGGACUACGAUGUAUGGUACAACCAGAACAACCUUGGUAGCUUGCUUGCGGAUCGACUCGAGGCCAAAGAUCAGAAGAAGUCUAAGAAGAAGAGAGGAUCCAAUUCUUCUACUGCUACAACUGCUUCUAGUGCUGCUGCCGCUCCAAAGCAAAAACUCAAGCCCCAGGAGAGAAAGACAACGAAGAGGGGCAAGAAGAAGGAGGAGGAUGCUACACCAGAACUGGCCAAUGAAGUUCUCGCACAAACUCCCGUCUUCAGAGCCCCCGUCCCCCGCAUGCACGAAUGGGAAGAUGAAGGUGGUGCUAUUUCGCCUGCGGCUGAUGGAAACUUCGAGGUAUCUGUCUAUGCCACUCCCACGGCAAGACGUCAAGUUCCAAACUUCACUCGUCAGCGCAAUGCAUCCACUGGCAAGGUUGAUCCCAAUCUUAAUACCCCAACCCGGAUCAAUGGCAUGGUAGAUGACGAAUAUGAAGAAUACACCGAGGAGGCGAGAAAGCCAGGAGAGAAGUUGACUGACAGUGCCACACUCAAGGGUGUCGUCUGGGAUGGGAUGGGAAUCUUCGACUCUGCCACACCCGAGAUGAAGCGUAUGAGAAACCAGCGCAAGGAUCGUGCCGUUCUUGAUGAAAUGAAGGCAACUUCUCUAUCGAUAGAGCCUGAUGAGGUCAGCUUCCAUCCUAAUGGUGAGUUUAGAGCGUCCAGAGAUAUCUUUGGCCCUCCAUCCGCGGAGUCAAGCCCUGUCGUAAGUCCUCGCCUGUCCAACCGCUACCUCUGCCUGCUUGAUGUCAGUACUUACUUCCGGCAGGCUCGAUCACCCCCGUCCCCCAGAAAGCGGAAGACACGCAAGGUUGCCAAUACCCUCUCGGACAUGAGCGUCAAUGCUCCUCGUAUCAGAGCUCCACGUGCAGCAAAGAACGCCAAUCGCAGUCCCCAGAAGAGACCGAUGCCAACGACACAGUCUCGUCCAAACGUCUUCCUUCAACCUGCACCUGUUCUCAAUCCACUGGCCUAUGAUAGAAGAUACAUGCCCAGAGGAGAGCCGUUUGCACCCACUCUCGAUGAAGAAGAGGAGUUCAGAUCGACUGUUGCCGAGCUCAAUGGUAGUAAGAAGCGGGGGUUCAAUAUCUUCAACGACGGUUUUCCUGAGAUUAGCCCAGGUCGCACUGAAACCCCUCUCGAGGAUCAUCGCAACUCGAUGACCUCGGCUCAUGGCCUUGCCUCCCCAACCCCAGUAUCCAAGCCAACUUCACACCGAGCACAGGGAAAGGAGAAUGGACAGCUUGAGAUGUCCUCACACCACCACAAUAGACGAGCCCUUUCUGAUUCACAGCUCUACCCUACACAUGUUUUCUAUGACUCGGCAUCCAACCCGCUGUUCAAUCAAACCCACACCCGUUUUUCAGGCUUUGGUGCCAACAACUUCCACAGCUACGUUGGCAGCUACUCUGGCUAUGGUGAACAAAGAUCCCCAGGCGGUUUCGGCUCUCAGUUCCUCGGUGACUACAACAAACACCAAAACCCAAUGAGCUACUUGGAGCAAAAUCAAAACUCUGGUAUGGGCAACAGCAACGUCAGCAGCGGCCACAAUGGUGGCAUAGACUUUGGCAUGUGA